UUUUCACUGCGGUAAUGAGUGCAGUGGAAAAAAAUAAUGUAUGUAUUACUUUAUUGAUGAAACCUUGAAACUCGUUUAAACUAAAAUAACUUCGAAAAAACUGAGUUUCCGUAAGUGCGUCGGGAAAGUUAUUUGUUAUCUUUGCCUAUUGCUGGAGUCGCUCUUUCAAUCCAAAAAGUAGUGCAAUCUUUGAAACAAACACAAACACAAAUUCAAUUUCAAAUUCGUAUUCUAAAGCCAUCUGCUCGCUCAGCCACGCUGGGUAGUCCUUACUUGUCGCUAACGCCUGCGGGCCCUGACAGCCCGAUCUCAGCGGCCGCCACCGCCGUUACACACAUCACAGCCGUGCAGCCGCUACCGCCUACACUUCAUGCUUACAGCCACAACCAUAAUCACAACCAUAACGACUUGUCACCCCACCAGCACUCACUGUUGCCGCAAAAACACUUCCAGCUCUCCGAGAACUCCGCUUUCAACUUAGCCGCUUUCCGCCACACGCCUGCAAGCGCCGCUACCGCCAUUGUCGCUGGUGCUGCCGGCUUCUCCUCUACGGCUGCCGCUUUCUAUCAUCGCUUGAACAGCUUUGCCGGCACAAGUGAGAGCACAAGCACCUCUUCCACCGACUACUGCUUGCCACCGUACAAUAGUUUGGCCCCUAGUGAACAACCGUCAACGCUUGCCCCAUCAUCCGCCGCCGCUGCUGACAAUAUGGAUCUCAUCAAUCCCUAUAUGCGCCAUCAUAGCUUUGCCACCAGCCAGAGCAGCUCGCCAUCGGCCAUGGCUAUGGCCACAUCGAUGGCGAAUCGUAGUCCUCCAGCAGGCGCCGCUGCCGCUGCAGCAGCUGCGCUCCAUCACCACCUCCCGAAUGCCGCCGGCUUGUCGAACGGUUUCGCCGAAGCGGCCGCCGCUGCUGCUGCCGCGCACCAUGACUAUCAGAAUUUAGCUGCCGCGGCGGCGAGUCGCGAUCACCUGCUCGAUUAUCACAGCGCUGCAGCGGCUGCCGCAUACGCUGCGAACAACAAUAAUCUCUCCAGCUCGCUUAUGCUUCUCAAGGCCCCGCCCAAACAGCUGCACUCGCUUGAGGCGAGCGGGACAAAGUCAACGCGCUCAGCUGAAGAUUCCUCCACACCGCCGCCUCUGUUGUCGGCGAGUAGCGGUGGUGGCGCUGGCGCCGAUCACUCCUCCGUCGCCUCAUCAUCCCGCCUGCAAUCCGAGUCUCCCGACAACUGUGCGAAUUCGCUACACCAGCGCAACCGCUACGACAACAACUCCAGCCCCGGUGUGGACAGCUCCAAAUCGUAUCCCGUGAGUCAACGUAGCGGUAGUGGAGGCGAUGAAGCGGGCAAUAAUAGCGAAUCGAGUCCGCCACCGCCUGACUACAGUCCCGAGAACCUCUCGGCGCAUCGCGCCAAAUACGUGUCUGCAUUGCAAGCAUCACAUCACAAUAAUAAUAACAACAGUAUGGGCGGCGGCGUACACCCACUGGGUGUGCAUCACAAUAAUAACAACAACAUGUUGGAGCACAAACUGCCACUGAGUUUUCUGGGACCGCCGCUGGCGGCUCUGCACUCAAUGACUGAAAUGAAGACGCUAAUCCGCAUGGAAUUGAUACGAUAUUGUCGAAACCGCCGCCGGUAACAUCGGCGGGUCUAAGUGCUUUAGCGGGAGGUGGCAUACCGCGUUUCUCCAUUGCCGCCGCCGCUGCUGGAAUGGCCCAGUACUUGUCACAAAGUCAAGGUACUCCGCUAAAAACGCAUGCUGGCCACAUUGUGGAACGAACGCAUUUGUACUGGCCGGGAUUGCAGGGAUUGGUGGCGAAUCCAAUAGCGUGGCGUGAAAGGCUGUCGAAUACAAUGUCAGCGAGUCUCUCACAGGCACAUCAACACCAUCAAGGCAACGAUAAGGAUGGCAAGAAGAAGCACACCCGCCCAACUUUUAGUGGCCAGCAAAUAUUUGCGCUGGAAAAGACAUUCGAACAAACGAAAUAUCUGGCGGGGCCAGAACGGGCGAAACUCGCCUAUGCCUUAGGAAUGACCGAAUCGCAAGUGAAGGUCUGGUUCCAGAACCGACGGACCAAGUGGCGCAAGAAACAUGCCGCGGAAAUGGCAACCGCCAAACGGAAACAGGAUAUUAUGGGCGGUGGCGAACCGGACGGCGACUGCAGCGAGACAAUGGACAGUGACAAUGAGAGCCUGGAUAUGGGCGAGAAUCCGGCGCAGAGUAAACGUUGUCGUAUGGGUGAUAAUUAUCGUUAGAUGAGCGGGCGGGAAAAACGUUG